AUGAUCACCAAUGGCAGCUUCAAACAGCAUGUGUUGGGUAGCUUUGGCGGAGGGCUUCCUCGGAAGGUGCUAGUUGCGCUUUCUGGAGGAGUUGACUCGAUGUGUUUGGCCUACUUAUUGAGUCGAUACCGAGAUGAGCAUCAGAAAGACAUGGAAAUAUCAGCCGUUACGAUUGAUCAUGGAUAUCGAGACGGGUCCAGGAAAGAAGCCAUGCAGGUUGGCGAGGUGGUGAAGCAGUGGGGGGUGGAUCACUAUAUACGAUCGUUGACGUAUUCAGAGGGGGAUGUCAAGUCCAUUAGUAAUUUUGAAGAGGUUGCAAGAAAGAAACGGUACGAAGCAUUUCAGAAGAUGUGUUUAGAAAGUGGGAUAAGAAGUGUUUUAUUGGCCCAUAAUCUCAAUGACCAGCUAGAGACCUUUCUCCAGCGGUUGCAACAGAAUUCAUCUCUUUUUGGGUUGGUGGGACUUAAACAACAAGCGCAUUUACCGGUGAUGCCAAAGGCACCCACUUCUGUUGUGGAACCCAUUCAGGUGUUGAGGCCAUUGCUAGCUUUUGAUAAGCUGGAAAUCAUUGGAACGUGCCGGAGCAACGGCAUAAGGUGGUUUGAAGACCCCACCAAUAGUGACCCUCAAUUGACCAAGCGGAAUGCGUUUCGAUACUUGAUCAAUAAGGAGAUUCCUGCCCGGGUCCAGACAGGAGAUACGCUGCUUGGCUCGUUGCUACUGCGGGAAGAACUAGUUGGCACUCAUCAAGAGGUGGUUCAAUUCACCAGUAUGCUUGAACAACGUAUAAAAUUUCGAAUGAACUACCUCGAAGCAAAUAACCUAAUCGCCCAUGACCACGCUAAGGCGAGGGUCGAAAUAUCGUUUCCAGCCCCCUGGGUAUCAGAACCCUCAGACCAGCUACUUCUCAGUCGUCUCUUGUACCUGGUAUUAUACCCAUAUUCAUCAAUAAAACACUACCACUGGGCAUACGCCAAAUUAGAAAGAAGAGCAGUCCCCCAAUUCCAACAAUGGUACAAACUGAACCCAUCCAGCCGUUUGACUUUGACCUACUUGAAUCUCCUCAUGGCGGCUCGAGUCAACAACAACUUCGUCACCAUCUCUUUUUCAAGACAGCCAUUACUAGCAGAGGACAUCGACAGGACCACCCUAGACACUAGCAUCACUCAGGAAUGGUCCGACUGGAUUUUGUUCGAUAGACGAUUCUGGCUCAAACUCAGGUCUCUUCUGGGUCCUCAAAAGAUCAAACUCAUUCCCUAUACCCCCAAAUACCAAAACUUGAUCCUCCACAUCCCAACCAUCAAUACCGGCAACACCAUUGCCUCUGAGUGCUUCUUGAAGGAGAACUUGUACGUAAUUUAAUGAAGUUAUUGCAAAUUGCAAAAAAAUCUCCGUAGUUUGUAAGUCCUU